UUCAUGUUCAUUGUGUACCGGUAGGUACCCUACCUAUAUUUCAAACAAGGUCGUUUAAUGUUAUUCUAUUUAUUUAUUUUCUGUACUUUUCAAUACCUGUUGACAGUUGUAGAGUGUUUUGGCUUGAAAAUAAUCAUUUGAAUUGAAUCGAAUUAAUCCGUUUUUGACAAAAAUCUUGAAUUAAAAAUGCUCUUCAAUAAAAGAAUGAAUGCUUGAGAGAAUUUAAAUUUUAGCGGUAUUGAUUAGGUUAAUCUCGAAAUCUUACUAACAAUGCUUCAAGUAGUCGACUUUUUAAACUCGAUACUUGGUUCAUUCCGUCUCGACUCUCGAUAUCUGGAAAAUUACAUUCAGGCAAAGGCAAAGGCUGAAUCCAUUACCAUUGCCCAUUUUUCCAUUCCACGUAUUUUCUGAAAAGAAAAAUGGAUAAACUUGGAUUUUAUCCAGCAGGGUAUGAUUCCAAGAUCCAUGGACCAUAUGAUCCAUCACGAUACUAUGGAAAACCUGACACACCUUUCGGCCAAGUGAAACUCGGAGAAAUGGGUCAGUGGCUCGCCAGAAGGAACAAGAGCCCCAUCGCCAUGGUGCAAGCUUGUGGCAGAGCUUACUGGCGGUGGAGUUUCAAAUACUAUUACGCCAGGAAGAGUGGGCCUGCUCCCUACAUCCAGAUGAUUUCUGGCGUUAUGCUCUUCUUCUACGCAAUUAACUAUGGAAAAAUAAAGAACCACUGCGCCCAGAAAUAUCAUUAAUCAUUUUAAUUUGCCAUAGUUCUCAACUUCAACUGGUUAAUAAUUAUAAUAGUGAAUGUAAUUAGGAAGUAUUAUCGAAAUUAUGUCAUUCAUUUUGAAUAAAUGAGUAAGAACGAACCACUAAGAACUCAAGAUAUUGGGAAAUGUAAUUGGUAUAAAUCUAAUGUUGGAGAAUAAAUAAAUCUUUGUGUUGAAAUUGUGA